GUUGACAUUUCAAUCACUCUCUUUGAAUCCACGUCUCUCUGCCACCCAAACCUCUCAACAUCCGAUUAUUCCCUGCCACCUCUCACCUCUCUCUCUCCGAAUUUUCCCUGAAAAAUCUUUCAAAGUUCUUAUUUUUUUCCAAAGAAAAAACCCUAAUCUUACCCCCCUCUGCAUUUCUGCGACAUGUCGUUCGACGAAGAAGAGUCCUUCGAACACACCCUCCUCGUCGUCCGCGAAGUCUCCGUGUACAAAAUCCCGCCCCGCUCCACCUCCGGCGGCUACAAAUGCGGUGAGUGGCUCCAAUCUGACAAGAUCUGGACGGGUCGGCUCCGGGUCGUCUCGUGCAAGGACCGUUGCGAGAUCCGAUUAGAGGAUCCCAACUCGGCUGAGCUCUUCGCCGCUUGUUUCGUCCACCCGGGCCAACGCGAGAGCUUCGUCGAGCCCGCCCUCGAUUCCUCACGAUACUUCGUGCUCAAGAUCGAGGACGGGCAUGGGAAACACGCGUUUAUCGGGCUUGGGUUUAAUGAACGGAACGAGGCGUUUGAUUUCAACGUGGCGUUGUCCGAUCACGAGAAGUAUGUUAGAAGAGAAAAUGAGAAAGAGACCGGUGAGACGAGUGAGAGUGACUCUCAUAUUGAUAUUCAUCCCGCUGUUAAUCACAGAUUGAAGGAAGGUGAGACCAUCCGGAUUAAUGUGAAGAACAAGCCAUCUAGUGGAACUGGCAUGCUUUCAGCUGCAGGAUUGUCAGGAGGACUUUCAGGUAGUGGAAAGCCUAAGCCUUUGGGCCUAGCCCCACCACCCACUGGUGCAGGAAAAAUAAGGUCUCCUCUCCCACCCCCUCCCAACGACCCUGCUACUGCUCGGAUGACCUCUACUAGUCAAGGUGUUGGUCUAAGAGCACCCAAGGAAAACGCAAGACGAACUGACCCUUUAACAGAUUUUUCUCAACUAGAGAGGAAUCUUCCUGCUACUGGAUCAGGAUCUAAGAAGACCACUGCAUCAGGAUGGGCGGCUUUCUAAUUGUGUGAACAUUUGUCGAGUAUGUAAGAUCCUCUGUUUGAUGUUUUUGAUAUUUGAAAGGAAAAUGAAGAGAGAAAAAAAAAAACAAAGAAAGGACAAGGUAUCAAAUACUUCCAAAUGUUUGGAAAAUAAUGAUUCCAAGAUCAUAAUGAUAUGCCUCUUUUGUCGUACUUGAACGUGUAUGAUUUUGUCUUUAUACUAUUUACAUAUAAUGGAGAAAUUUCUCAUUUUUCUUUUAAA